UGACUUGAGUCGAUCGUUGGUUGAUCUGCAUUGCAGUGCAUUCUUUCGUUCUUUCUUUGUCCUUCUUCUUUGAUUGUCCUUGAUUCACUCUCUUUCAUCCAACUACCUUAGGUACCUAAUCCAUCAGAAGAGGCAAAUAGACAAGGAUUGGCAAGAAAUACCUUCCAGUACCUUGCUUUCCCCUGCUUUCUUCGACUCUUACUUAUCCUUUCUUUCAAUUCACCGUAUCUGAACAUCACCACCUCCAUCAUUCAUUCCUGUCAUUGAGCCACACCCCAAACCGUCCGCUUUUCGUCGCUUCCGGCCACCUGCUGAAGCUUGGCGCUUCUAUCGCCCGUCGCCCCCUGAAAGGUCGCCAAAGUUGUGGGGGAGUCCUUCCAGUGGUUAAAAAGAUUCCAACCAUUAGGUUAGGUAGCUACAGAUAGCCUGCAUUCAUUUCGUCCCCGUCCCCGUGUGGCGCCCAUAUGAGACAGGCGGCUGGUGCUGUUCCAGUUCCAUCUCCCUCCAGCAUCAUCUCGGUUUCAUAUUUCUGUUUUUUCUUCUCUGCAUCAUGAGCAUCAGCCUGGGACGCAAUGCGCCGUUGUCCCCCAUCUCUCUAGGCGGUAGCGAGUUUUCUGUCUCAAAGUAUCAAGGUCCCGAAGACGGCCCCUAUCCCAACGGUCGCUCCAAUCUCGCAUCGCCCCCGAAUUCGGGUGGCUCCAACAGCACCAUGAGUAUCAACGGUUUCCCCAGCGCUCCCAUCAACGGUCCAGGACCUGGUCCCGGGCCUGGGCCUGGCCCUAGAAGCACUGGAGGUCCCUCGCCGCCUGCUUCGAUUGCUAGGUCGAGUAACGGCACACAACUCUAUGCUCGCAGCGAAAGCGGUCGUAACAGCGUCCGCGGCGAUCUCGACGAGUCCGUCCUCAGCGAGCACUAUGUUGCUCUGCGCGCUUUUCUCAAUACUCGCGACCCCAAUCACAAGCAGCAGCCCAAUAAAGCACGCGACAAGCUUUUGCGCCUUUCCUCGGUUCAAUUCUACGAGCUGAGUACCGAUGUGUUUGACGAAUUGAUAAGACGACAGGCCACUGCCAGGGCUCCCCCGAAUGCUCCAAAUGGUCCUCCUUCCUUUCUGCUGCCCGAGAAGAACUUUCACCCCAAGCGAAACCAGGCUCGCCAAAGGCUAUCGUCUCUUGGCCCACCGCGAUUCCGAGACCUGGCCGCCGAUGUCUAUCACGAGUUAGAACGAAGAUUCCCUCGAUUUGUAGGAGCCGAUCUCGCCCGCACUGGAAGCCCCAUGUCAAUCAGGGGACCAGGUACUCCAAUCAAUGGUAAUAGCUUUCCCCCUCGAGGUCAAAGCCGCAUGAGGAGACCCUCUGAUGCACCAUCUAUGAGAGGUCCUGGACCGACAGAUGCUUACGGUAUGCCAGCAUCACCAGGUGCCCAGAAUGGCGAUUACGGACGCCCAACCCUGAAACAGCUCAAUCAGAAUAACACGAUCGUGCCGAACAAAAGUAUAAUGCUCGAAGAAGAUGACGAAGGUGAAGGAUUUACAGAACCAGACCCGAACCGUGAGAGCAAACGGAGUGCUGGAAGCGGUGUGACUUCGGAGGCCGAUAAGAAGCUCAUCGAAGACUAUCAAAAUCAGGUACGAGAAUUACGUGAGAAACUGGACAGUAUGGAGGAUGCCAUGAGGAAGAAGGAGGACGAGAUGAACAGCGCGUUGGAUCAGGAACGUUCUCGAUCUGCGACCACCAACCAGGAGAAACAGGAAUGGAAUGACCUCAGACUCAACCUUGAGAACAAACUAGCUGAGGCGCAAAACUUGAACGACUCAAUGAAGCAAGAAUUGCAGCGCGUACGAGGGGAUUACGAUAUUGAGAUUCAAAGGCUUAGGGACGACGUGGCCGCAGCACAUGAAUCAGCACGCAGCACUGGGCCCGCUGCAUCGGAUUCAGACCUUCAGCGGGAAAAUGAUGAGCUUCGACAGGAACUCCGGGAACAACAGCAGGUCACAGAAGAGGUUCGCAAAGAGGCGCAAGAAUUCUUGCUCGAGAUGCGCCAACUUUCCCAACAGAGUGGCUCAACACAUGAACGACACGCAGAGCUGGAACAGACAAUUGAGAGACUCGAGCGAGAGGUCCAUGAGUGGAAGAAUCGAUAUGCGGGCGCAAAAACGCAAUUGCGACACAUGCGCGCAUCUUCCGCUGGUCCUGGAAUUGAACAUGAUGCAGCAAAGCAUGUCCGGGAAAAGGGAUUCAUGGAUGACCGUGGACUGGUCAAAGAUGUUCACGUCACCAAGUUUCAAAUCGCGAUUGACGAACUCUUGCAGAAAGCACGAACCGAAGACCCAGAAAAGGUUAUCGACGCAAUGAAGCAGGUUGUUGUCAGCGUCCGCCGCAUUACCAAGGACAUCGAGGUCCCACAGAACAACGAUGAAGAUUUCGCACAGCAACAGGCCAAGAUCAGGUCCAAGGUAUCUUCUACCGCAAACAACCUCAUCACAGCCUCCAAGAACUUUGCCCACAGUGCUGGAAUGUCCCCAGUCUCACUGCUCGAUACGGCAGCCUCACAUUUGGCAGCGGCCAUCGUGGAACUUCUUGGCCUCGUCAAAAUCCGGACAACUCCCGCUGAAGAAUUGGACGAUGACGACGGAACUGUAACUCCUGCGGAUUCAAGUGGACUCUUUUCUCCUGUAGCUACCGAGCAUCCCUCGACUACUCAAGGCGGACUCCCUCCUCCACCGCCCUUUCAGGGUCUUGGUGGUAUGCGGGGAAGUAUUGAUUCUUCGGCAUACAGUCCUUUGGGCUCACCUCGCCAAUCCGCAGAGCCAUAUUCUGGAAGGCCCAUGUCCAAAGCAAGCGCGGUGCCGAUCGGGCUCGGGCACUCCAAUGCGAACAAUCAAGCCAAUGGGCAAGGAUCGCGUCAACUGGAUCCCCGAGCCGCCGAAGACCUUAAACUCUACCUUGAGGAUCAGAAUGCCCUCCUUUCAACCGACAUCCAGCAGCUUGUGAACACCAUCCGGGGUGAUGCUGAGAUGCGACAGAUUACUGGCGAGAUUGGCUCUAUCAAUACCGUUGUUAGCAAUAUCAUUUCAGAAACACAAGCCUACGGCAUAGGCGAAAUGGCAGCCUCGUUGGCAAACUGCAGAGCACGACUACUAGAGGCUGCUGACCAAGGCCAGGAUAUGGCCAACAUUGGCAUGGAUACCAACUCUCACGAAUGGCGUAUGUGGGUACAAACGCUGCCACCCAUCGCGUUUGGGCUGGCGCGUGAGGCCAAGGAGUUGGCUCAAGCAGCCGACGACAUGGCCAGACCCGGACGACCUGAUGACUUUUCGUAAUUACCUUUCACUUCAUUUCUGAGACUCCGGACUUUGUCUUUGCAACCGGAAAACGCUUUAUACCCCCCCUGAACGCCAGUUUUGACGCUGGCUGGAUUAGCUAUUUGACGCUGUCCUAGUUUUUUGUCUUGGAUUGGUCGAUAACAUCGAGACAACGUUGAACGUAUCUCGACGAUGAGCGGGUUGAGAUGAAAAGGGACAUUUAGUUGGGUAAUGCUGCACGUGGAAAGCAUGGGAACGGCGUUAGGGUUGCCGUUGGUAAUGCAUUGUAUUGUGCAGACAGACAUGGCCCUGGAUUGAGUACAUGUUUACAAGUGUGCCGAGAAGCAAGAGGAGGAUUGAAUACGGCUUUGAUAUUUGUUCAAAGCGAGUUAGACGACGUCCUCCAGUUCAGACAAGACUAUACGAUGGACGACGAUAAUAGAGAUAGACGAGAAAUGGAAUGUUAUCGACUAUCUAUGAUAUCCUUUCCUGUG